AUGUUGCUUGCGUCAAUGAUCUGUUAUCUAUUGGGAAUCUUGCUGUUGUCGAAAUCAGCGCUGACACAGACCACAUUACCCGAUUCCUCAUCUGAUGAACCCACGACAAUUUCGACCACAUCUGAUGAGCCCACGGCAACCUCGUCCACUUCUUUUUUAACUCGAUUCCCACAGUAUUACCUUCAGCGCAAGUUGAUUAAGUUAAAGAAUGUUUCCGGAACCGAAAAUAGCUCUCACCAGUGUGUUUACGUGUCAACGCCACGUGCGGGGGAGAACCGAUUCAACGUAACGUGGGACUGCGAGGCUGGCUAUUAUUGUCUCGGUCCCAAUGCGAAAUAUCCAUGUACUGCAGGAUUCUUUUGUCCGCCAAAUAGUUCCGUGGUACGUAUCUUAUCGUGGAAAUGUAAUUACGGGAAAUCGUGUGAACUUCUCUCAACCCAGCAUUUUCAUCCAAAUAGCGCAGCCUGCGAAGGUUAUUAUUGCUCGAGAGACGCGACCAAAUUGACUCUAUGUCCUUCCGGCUAUUUUUGUACUCUAGGCACCGUGGAUCCAAUUUCUUGUCAUUACCUCGCACUCUGUCCUCCCGGGUCGUCAUCCGCAAACAAAUAUUUCCUCGUGCUAUUCGUCUUGGUCCUGGCUGCAACGAUAUUGAUCCUGUUGCAGAUUAAAAGGAAGUCAGAUCAACUGAAAAUGAUGAAAUAUCAGCAAUACUUACAUGACAAGAGGCCACUAUCCGCAAAAACAUUGGGAUCCGUGCCAAAAUAUUUUGAUAUCGAAUUUGAAAAUUUGA